UUAAAUCCACCAUUUUCUCCUACCCUUUGAGAAGACCAUUUUUAUAAAGGACUGAGCUUUUAAACCCUGCAUUUAGCUACACAUACGUGCCAAAAAAAAUGUCCAAGGAAGUGACUGAAGAAGGGCAGAGCCGAAAGGACUAUGUAGACCCACCACCAGCACAGCUGGUGGACAUUAACGAGCUCAAGCUCUGGUCAUUUUACAGAGCUCUCAUCGCCGAGUUCAUAGCCACACUCCUUUUUCUCUACGUCACAAUAGCCACCGUAAUCGGCCACAAGAAACAACACGAUGCGUGCAAUGGAGUUGGUCUUUUAGGCAUUGCAUGGUCUUUCGGUGGGAUGAUCUUUAUCCUCGUUUAUUGCACCGCCGGUAUCUCAGGUGGUCACAUUAACCCGGCCGUAACUUUCGGGUUGUUUUUAGCCCGUAAAGUGUCACUAAUAAGAGCUGUUACUUACAUGGUAGCUCAAUGCCUGGGUGCUAUAUGUGGUGUUGGGCUAGUCAAAGCUUUUAUGAACCAUGAAUACACCACCCUCGGCGGUGGUGCUAACACCGUGGCUACAGGCUAUAACAAGGGAACCGCUUUGGGAGCUGAGAUUAUUGGUACUUUCGUGCUUGUUUACACUGUGUUUUCAGCUACUGAUCCUAAGAGAAAUGCCCGUGAUUCCCAUGUCCCUGUGUUGGCUCCACUUCCUAUAGGGUUUGCAGUGUUCAUGGUUCAUUUGGCUACUAUCCCCAUUACCGGAACUGGUAUUAACCCUGCUAGGAGCUUUGGUGCUGCUGUUAUUUACAACAAUGGCAAAGCCUGGGAUGACCAUUGGAUUUUCUGGGUUGGUCCAUUUGUUGGAGCUGUUGCAGCAGCUGCAUAUCAUCAGUAUAUCCUUCGAGCUGCUGCUAUCAAGGCUUUGGGGUCCUUCCGCAGUAACCCCACCAACUAAAGAAGAGAAUAUAUAUAUAUAUAUAUAUAUAUAUAUACAUAGCUUUGUCUCCAUUUGUUCCUUGGGAUCAUUUUGCUAAAUUUGUAAUUUGAAACUGUUGUUUUUAGGUUGUCUUGUGUGUGUGUCAUUGUUCGUGAGUGAUAGUGGUUUUUGUGUGUGUUCACUUUUGACCCUUUUUUUGCUGUUGUGUUGUGUAGUUGAAAUUUUUAUGAUCUUUGGGAUUAGAUUUCCUUA